CGGCAGCGCUGGCGGGAGUGGCGUCUCAGAUUCCUUAGGGAGGCAGAGCUGAGCACGAGGCAGACACCCAGGAGCCCUCAGUUCCAGCCACCCGGCUGCCCUGUGUGCCCCCUGCCCACCAUGCAGCCCCAGUCGGUCCUGCACAGCGGCUACUUCCACCCACUGCUUCGGACCUGGCAGGCAACCACCACCAGCCUCAGUGCCUCCAGCCUCAUCUACCCCAUCUUUGUCACGGAUGUUCCUGAUGACAAACAGCCUAUCGCCAGCCUCCCAGGAGUGGCCAGGUAUGGUGUGAACCGGCUGGAAGAGAUGCUGAAGCCCCUGGUGGAGGAGGGCCUGCGCUGUGUCCUAGUCUUUGGCGUCCCCAGCAGAGUUCCCAAGGAUGAGCGGGGCUCUGCGGCAGACUCCGAGGACUCCCCGACUAUCGAAGCCAUCCGUCUGUUGCGCAAGAACUUCCCCGGCCUCCUGGUGGCCUGCGACGUGUGCCUGUGCCCCUACACCUCCCACGGUCACUGCGGGCUUCUGAGUGAGAAUGGGUCGUUCCAAGCUGAGGAGAGCCGCCAGCGGCUGGCAGAGGUGGCGCUGGCCUAUGCCAAGGCAGGAUGUCAGGUGGUGGCCCCGUCGGACAUGAUGGACGGACGCGUGGAAGCCAUCAAGGAGGCUCUGAUGGCACAUGGAUUUGGCAACAGGGUAUCAGUGAUGAGCUAUAGUGCCAAAUUCGCUUCCUGUUUCUAUGGACCUUUCCGGGACGCAGCUCAGUCGAGCCCAGCUUUUGGAGAUCGCCGCUGCUACCAGCUGCCGCCUGGAGCACGAGGCCUGGCCCUCCGCGCGGUGGACCGGGAUGUACGGGAAGGAGCUGACAUGCUCAUGGUGAAGCCAGGUAUGCCCUACCUGGACAUCGUGCGGGAGGUAAAGAACAAGCACCCUGAGCUCCCUCUCGCCGUGUACCACGUUUCUGGAGAGUUUGCCAUGCUGUGGCAUGGAGCCCAGGCCGGAGCAUUUGAUCUCAAGGCUGCUGUACUGGAGGUCAUGACUGCCUUCCGCAGAGCAGGUGCCGACAUCAUCAUCACCUACUACACGCCUCAGCUACUGCAGUGGCUGAAGGAGUGAUGGAGAAAGUGUGCAAGACCCAAGAACUAGAACUUUUUAAUUCCUGAGUCUUGGAGAAGUGAAAACCAAAGUAAACGAUGCUUUUAGAA